GCUUGGCAGCAAGGAAGAGGACAGGUAGUGGAAAUCCUACAAUCGGGAAAGCAGACUGAAAGGUGACAAAGAAGCUGAAGAUGGGUGGUGGAGAAAGGUAUAACAUUCCAGCCCCUCCAUCUAGAAAUGUUAGUAAGAACCAACAACAGAUUAAUAGACAGAAGACCAAGGAUCAGAAUUCUCAGAUGAAGAUUGUUCAUAAGAAAAAAGAAAGAGGACAUGGUUAUAACUCAUCAGCAGCUGCAUGGCAAGCCAUGCAAAAUGGGGGGAAGAACAAAAAUUUUCCAAAUAAUCAAAAUUGGAACUCUAGCUUAUCAAGUCCCAGCUUACUUUUUAAAUCUCAAGCUAAUCAAAACUAUGCUGGAGUCAAAUUUAGUGAGCCACCAUCAUCAAGUGUUCUUCCCAAACCUCCAAGCCACUGGGUUCCUGUUUCCUUCAAUCCUUCAGAUAAGGAAAUAAUGACAUUUCAACUUAAAACCUUACUUAAAGUACAAGUAUAAAAUAAGAUAAAGUACUGUUGCUUAUGAAUAUAGUCAACUGGUCUGAAACAGAUUGACUAGGGAAUCCUUUUGUGUAGAACUAAUUAUAAGUAAAAAGUAUAUUUAGACUUCACCUCAUUUGCUUCACGUGUUGUGCGCACUGUGAUGUAAUAGUAUCAGUGCAGCUUAAAGUAAUUAAUGAUUGUAUUUGGUAAUAUUCUCAACUGAGUAUCUUAUAAGUGAAACUAUUCAAGUUUAGAUUUGGGGAAUGGUAAAGGAAUCAGCUUUUUCUA